UUCGUCAUUAUCAACUUUUCGACUAAUACUACAGUAUUACAAAUCAAAUUCCUGACUUCACCACUAAAGAACACAAACCAGCAUUUUGCCUACUAUUGUUUUUUUCUUAUAUCAUCCAAGAACCCGUGAGGAAGAUUGUUGAACCCAGUGAAGAGAAAACGACAAAGAAAAGAGGAGGCAUAUUUUAUCUUCAUAACCUGAGAGAGAAAAAGAGAGAGAUUUAGAAGAUGUUGGAAGGAAAAGCAAUGGUGGAAGAUUCAGAUAUGCCAGUUAAGAUGCAGGUUCAAGCCAUGGCUAUUGCCUCUCAAGCUCUUGAUCUCUUUGAUGUCAAUGACUGUAAAUCAAUAGCUGGCCACAUCAAGAAGGAGUUUGAUGAGAGCUAUGGGAGUGGAUGGCAAUGUGUAGUGGGAUCAAAUUUUGGGUGUUUCUUCACACAUUCGAAAGGGACAUUCAUCUAUUUUCAAUUGGAGACACUUAAGUUCCUAAUCUUCAAAGACUCUUCUACUCCUUAAAAUUCAAACCCUAAGCCAAUGUUCUAUUUUUUAUCCUUCUAUGAAAAUCUUUGAAAAAAGCUUGAAUAGCCUAUCAAAAUCUUUUAGUUGGCUCUUUAUAGUUUUGUUUUAAUCUAGGUCUGUAAGGAGAGCUAAAAUGGGGAAAUUGAUUUCAAUGAAGAUGUGGGGAUUUUUAUUUAUAGGUGAUUUAUGUGUUGGCCCUUGUGUCAUCAAUAAGACUGCAAUGUACAGGAUC